CAACAAAAAGGGAGAAAUCAGAGACAGAAGGAAGAACAGAAUACGAAAUGUUGAAAUUAGUAGCGAUACUUUGGUUUUGCGGCUUCCUGCGAUUCUCUCUCGCCGAUGGAACAUGCCGGAAGGUGGGCGACUGUUCCUGCGAGUUUUACGAUGGCCAGGGAAUCGAUCUAUCACCGGUGAUUCCGGAAACGAGCCAGGCGCUGGAAACGACAUCUCCGAACGGCGACAAGUUUUAUUUCAGUCCCUGCAAAACGAUCUUCUACGUGCCAAGCGAGAACCAAACCGAUGAACUCGGUCGCUGUAACAAGGGAUACACGCUCUGUAUGUACGUAAAUGCGUCCAAAAACUACAGCAGACUUGGCGAACUGGACAGGACCGAGUUUAUCAGCAGAGAGAACGAUGGACUGUAUCUUACUUAUCGAAACGAAAAGAACUUUACUCAAGUGAAGCUGGUGUGUGCCAGAGAUAAGAGCUCGUUCCUCUAUCUCGAACCAACAUCGUACAACAAGACCCAGAACCAUACGUUGAUUCUGUUUUCCCCGUGGGCCUGUCUGAAGACGAUAGAAGACUACAGCAAACCCAGCACGGGCACGGUGCUGCUGAUUAUGCUGUUCAUCUCUAUGCUUUCCUACUUUUUGGUCGGCGUUACGGUCAAUGCCGUGUACUUGGGCGCUCGUGGCAUGGAGAUGAUUCCGAAUCUGGACUUUUGGCGCAACUUGCCCGGUCUUGUAAGGGAUGGAGCACGUUUUCUACAGAAUGGCUGUAGAGUUGAAAGGAGAGACCCUAGCCCGGACACCUACGACGCCAUAUGAUGAUAUUAUGUCUGCCAGAUGGGAUCCGGAUUGUUUCCCCAUUUUCUGUGUUGUGCUGUGUAACCGUUUUGCAUCUGGCGCAUCCAUCGUAUCCAGGUGGCCCCAAUGCGCUAUUGUUUCCCUUUUCCGCAUAAUAAAAAAUGUCAUUUUGUUUGUAA